AUGUCCAAUGUAAAUGGAACAUUCUUCAAGAUAGGAAUUGAGUUUCAUCUAGUUGGAACCCAAAUCAAGACGCGAUCUCUCAUCGUUGACGCUGUGGUGAUGUAUCGAUGGACAGAUGAUCGACUGGCGCUCAGAGACCUUUUCGACGAUUUUGAGCUUCCUAAAGAGUUUGAACCAUGGUUACCAAGAGUACGAACGAUUCCUGAGCCACAUACAGUCACUAUUGUGCUUUCACCAGCAACAGGAGUUAUUUCGCUUUAUCAUCGAGUAAAGGACUUCGCUGUCUGCUCAGCUACCGAAUGGAAACAUCCAUUUGAAUUAUUUGAUUGCGAAUUACAAACCGAUAAUGCUGGAGACGAACUCCUAAUAGUGAACAAAUUGCGAGACUUACGACCUGAACAGCAAAUCAUGCUUGUGCAAGCCGAACUUGCUCCAUUUCCUUCCUCCUCUCUGCAUAUGAAAUUUUCUGCCGAUUGGAACUCUGCGCUACUUUCGGUGUAUUUGCCAUCUCUCUUAAUUGUUACAAUUGUAUUCUUCGCUCAGUGGAAAAGGAGGAAAGUUCAGAUAUUGGUUUCUUUAGCUGCCAUUAUGUGCAUACUUGUUUUGCUAGUGAGUUCACGGCCAUACAACUCAGCUACUCUUCUAGACUUAUGGAUUAGCGGUUGUUUUAUUCAUGCUGUGUUUCUAUUAUUAGUUGACUUGACUCUGCCAGCAAGAAGAGUGCGAUACGCAUUACUCGUUGACGUGCAAGACCAUGAAAAACGACCGCGGCAAACGGUCUUGGAGUGCCGGUCACCUCAAAACAAAUUGGAUCUCAUCAAGGACUGGGUACAAAGGAGAUUAGGCAUCAAACACGAGCGAAAUUCCACCACCCAAGUAGUUCCCCUACCGUCGGAAUCUGCCCCAAUGCAGCGACAGAUUACCACUACUACACUUGGUGAGAGGAAGAAAUUGGCUUUAGUCGUUGUCGGCUGUAGUUAUAUUAUUUUUGCAAUCAUUUACAGUAUCAUUGUCCUUUCUAUUGAUUAA